CAUUCUCCUCCUCCCUCACCUCUGCCAGCCAGCAGCUUCCCAGAGUGCCUGCUUCUUCUGCCCUGAAACCAUGCCCCUAGGUGUCCUGUGGCUGGGCCUCACCCUGCUGGGGGCACUGCAGAUCCAGGCCCUGGACUCUACCCCAAACCUGAUCCCAGCCCCACCCCUGACCAGGGUCCCUCUGCAGCCAAACUUCAAGGAUGACCAGUUCCAGGGGAAGUGGUACGUGGUAGGCCUGGCAGGGAAUGCAAUUAACAAAGAAAAAGAAGGCAAGUUUACAAUGUACACUACCACCUAUGAGCUGAAAGAAGACCACAGCUACAACGUCACCUCCACCCUGCUCAGGAAUGGGAACUGUGACUACUGGAUCAGAACUUUUGUCCCAAGCUCCCAGCCAGGCCAGUUGACCCUGGGCAACAUUGAGCGGUACCCUGGAGUACAAAGCUACACUGUGCGGGUGGUGGCCACCAACUAUGACCAGCAUGCGACAGUGUUCUUCAAGAAGGCAUUCAAGAAUGAGGAAUACUUUAAGACCACCCUCUAUGGGAGAACUAAGGAGCUGCCCCUUGGACUGAAGGAGAAUUUCAUCCGCUUCGCCAAAUCUCUGGGCCUCACAGACAACCACAUCAUCUUCCCUACCCCAAUCGACCAGUGCAUCGAUGACUGAGUGCUCAAUGCCUCCUCUCUCUCCAACCUUCUCUCCAGUGUCUCCCUCUAUCCAGCGUGCUGCCAGCUGCCCCACCAGCCACAAUGCCGGUGAGAGCUGGUAGAGUCCUCUCCCAGUGUGCUGAGCCAGCUGCCCCCAGGCCGUCCUGCUGAUGGAGCCCCAUCUCCCUGCUAAAUAAACACAUGAGCUCUGA